GAGGGGACUGGGGUCGCGCGCUGCUGCGGGAGCCGGGAGCCGGGAGCCGGAGCCGGGAGGCGUCAGCCGCGGGUCCUGCGCGCCGAGGGGAGCCCCCCCCUCCCCGCUGCCCACGAGGGCGGACGGCGACCUGGGCGGUGCGGCCGCCGCGCGUGCCCGCGCUCGCCCCCUCUGUCCCGUGCACGGGCGCGCGGCGUCCGCCAUGGAAGCGCAGCCGGCCUCCGCCGGGGUCUCGGGCUCCCCGGGGCGAUGACCGGGUAGGGGCGCCCACGCCGCGCGCGCCCCGCGGGCCCGGGAGCCAAGGAGGGUCCGCCCCGCCCGGCUCCGCCCCGCCCCGCCCCCCGGGGGCGCUCAAGCCCGGCCCGCGCCGCCGCCCGCCGUCCUCCGCCCAAGAUGUGGCACAACGUGGGGCUGACCCUGCUGGUGUUCGUGGCCACGCUGCUGGUCGUGCUGCUGCUGAUGGUGUGCGGUUGGUAUUUCGUAUGGCAUCUGUUUUUAUCGAAAUUCAAGUUUCUGCGGGAACUGGUGGGAGACACAGGAUCUCAGGAGGGAGAUCAUGAGCCAUCAGGCUCUGAGACGGAAGAAGACACUUUGUCAUCUUCACACAGGAUCAGAUCUGCUCGGCACAGAAGGGCGCCUGCUGAUGAAGGCCACUGAC